AAUCACCGUGCCAAGGUGGUCUCAAAGACACCAAAAUAGCUCACGGCGGGUCCUGUCAAUACCAAGUUCACCUUGAGUCGCCACCGUGGUCUCUCGUCUAAGCCUUCCGUGUCCUAGAUAUUGCUGGGUACUAAGAUGUCCGAGAGCACCCGAUCCCGUCGUCCGCGGCCUUUGUAGCUACAAGUAUUACCACCAAGAUGCAGAUCCAGAAUGCCUUCAUUGUCGCGAGCCUGUCCCUCUGUGGGCUCAUAUUCCCAGUUCUAGGGGGUCCGACAGCCCCCAGAGACGGCGCAUCAAAGGGCAUGCCGGCAUCAAACGUUAUCCAUGAAAGGCAUAAGCCUGUCCAUCUCGCCGGAUGGGUCAAGCGGGAGCCUGCGAGUGCCGAGUGGAUGCUCCCCGUGCGGGUCGGGUUGAGGCAAUCGAACGUGGAUAAGGGGCACGAAUUGCUCAUGGACAUAUCCAACCCCAAGUCUCCGAACUAUGGGAAGCAUCUUACAAGGAGCGAGGUGAUCGACCUGUUUGCACCAGGCAACCGCUCGGUUGAGAAUGUUAAGCAGUGGCUCGUCUCAAGGGGGAUCCACGAGCAGAGACUCUCGCAGUCGGCGAACAAACAGUGGAUCCAAUUUGAUGCUCCUGUCCGCGAGGUCGAGGAGUUGCUGCUCACGAAAUACCACGUUUUCGAGCAUGCCGAAACAGGAGCGCGCAAUAUCGCUUGUUCUCAAUACCACGUUCCCCAUAGCGUCACACACCAUAUCGACUACAUCACGCCUGGGAUCAAGCUAACGGCCGGGAGCUAUGACGACAAGAUCAUGAAGCGGGUGCAUCACCGGCGAGCCAUUACCGAAGAUGUACCCGGAAGGCGGCAGAAAGGGGGCAAAGGGAAAGGGAAGGGGAAGGGGAAGAGCAAGGGAAAGUGUAAGCCGGGCAAGCCUCCGGUCGAUCCCGGUGAGGAUGGCAGCCGGUUUCGUGUGACUGGGCCCUGCAGUGACGAGAUCACGCCGCACUGCAUUAGGGCCCAAUAUCAGAUCCCUAACGGCACCAAAGCCACUCGAGGAAACGAGCUCGGCAUCUUCCAGGGGCUCAACCAGCAUUACCACCAGGAGGACCUGGACACCUACUGGAAAUACAUUGCCCCUUGGGUCCCUCGCGGCACACAUCCCAAGCUUAAGUCCAUCAACGGCGCCCUCGGCCCAACCAACAACCGGUCCCUCGCAGGCGACGAAGCCGACUUAGACUUCGAGGUCGCCAUCCCGCUGAUCUGGCCACAGAUGUCAAUCCUCUUCCAGACCGACGACGAGUGGUACCAGCAGAACCAGCUGCAGCCCGACACCCAAUACCCGGGCUUCUUCAACACCUUCUUCGACGCCCUCGACGAAUCAUACUGCACCCUCUCGGCCUUCAACCACACAGGCAACUGCCGCACGCCCGCCUGCCGCGAUCCGGAGUACCCCAACCCCAACGCAACCCCGCUUCUCGGCGGCUACCCCGGCGCCCUGAUGUGUGGCGUCCACCGCCCGACCAACGUCAUCUCCGUCUCGUACUCGGGCACCGAAGCCUCCUGGCCGGCGGGUUAUAUGCGGCGGCAGUGUCUGGAGGUGAUGAAGCUUGCGCUGCAGGGCGUUACCGUGGUCGAAUCCUCCGGUGACUAUGGCGUUGGCGGUGGGCGGUUGGAUCCGCGCGCGGGCUGUCUGGGGAAGGAUCGCGCGGUGUAUACGCCGCGGGUCAUGGCGAAUUGUCCGUAUGUGCUCAGUGUUGGGGCGACGGCGUUGGUGGAGCCCGAGGUGGGCGAUGGCAAGACGCUGGUGGAGGUUGCCGCCGAGAGGUUUGCGUCGGGCGGUGGCUUCUCGAAUGUUUUUGCUAGGCCCGAGUGGCAGGAUGGACAUGUGCUGGGAUACCUGGAGCGGGCGAAUGUGUCGGAUCUGGGAUAUUCGGAUGCGUCGUGGUUGUUGGGGCCCGGGUUGGAUGGCGUGGGGGAUGCAGGCGCUGCGACGACGGCGUCGCCGGGGCAGGGCAAGUUGUUCAACAAGGCCGGGAGGGGCUAUCCCGAUGUGAGUGCUAUUGGUGAGAACUUUCGGGUCGUGCUCAGGGGGCAUCCGAACCGCAUGCACGGCACGUCCGUGGCGGCGCCGAUAUGGGCGUCGAUCUUGACGCUCAUCAACGAGGAGCGGCUGGCCGCGGGCAAGAGCACGGUCGGGUUUGUGCACCAGGUGUUGUAUGAACACCCCGAGGUGUUUACCGACAUCACUACAGGCUCAAAUCCGGGAUGUGGCGGAGACGGAUUCCAGGUCAACGAAGGAUGGGACCCUGUUACCGGUCUUGGGACGCCGAUAUACCCAAAACUUCUUGAGCUGUUCAUGAGUCUGCCAUGAUUGCUAUCUGAAUCGCGGAGCUUGAGAGUCCAUUAUAGCCAGUGACUCCGUGGAUGUAUUUCUGCAUUGCUUAUUCCCCUGACUGUGGGACAGAGUCGCCUGUGGCGUAUUUGUCUCCGUCGUUCCGUUAACCUCGCCGUCCUAGACCUAGAGAGAACUGGGAAAUCAUGAUUCAUACACACCGAAUCCAUCCGCUGAACUAUCCCUUGGUAAUGAAGAACCUGGAGGCUCUAGCCUUUGACCCUCCACCUCAACGUUGACCUUAUUAACA